UUUAAUAAUAUUCAUAUGGAGUUGUAAGUGAGCAAUAAUUUUUGACAGAAUAUGAAAAAGGCGAAAAAUGUAUAAACAAAAUCGAUCUACAAGAAAGAAAAAAUCCCAUUAAUUGUUGGAAAAACUUUAACCACUUCAUUUGAUGGCUGCCUCAAGAAACGGUCAGGCGAUAGACGACCUGCAUACGUUGUUGUUAUCUGAUGACAAUGCCAUGUUGAAAUACAUACUCGCCACCCAUGCUCCUGACGGCACCUAUUUCAACGUCAAACCAUUUCUUGAAAUCAUUGAGAACAUCGUGCGUACGACCAAUCAAGCGGAACUGAGUUCAAUGGUUGAGCGCCGUUUUGUCUCUAACGAAAUCACUGAGAUUCUUGAAGUUAUGGCGCUCACAAUCAAUAAGGUUUCCUGUGAGAUUUCUAGCAAGUGUAUUGCAGGUGGUGAUGCACACACAACCACCAUGGAGAUUUUUAACAUGCUUUCAAACUACGCAUGGGAUGCAAAAGCUGUUAUUACUCUAUCAGCUUUUGCAGUGAACUAUGCGGAGUUUUGUUUGGUGGCUCAGCUUUACAUUUCCAACCCACUCGCCCAAUCAGUGACCCGCCUCAAGCAGUUGCCUGAUAUGCUGGAGCGUGGUGAACAGUUUGAAGCUGUCAGAAACCUCAUCAAGGAUAUGCUUGACCUGACUCGUUGCAUUGUAGAAAUUAAGAUGCUACCGGAGCAGUAUAUUAGCCCCGAGACUCCAGAACUAGUGAUAGCCACAACUCAUAUUCCAGCUGCAGUUUAUUGGAUCAUCCGAAGCAUUGUGGCUUGUGCAUCUAUACUCAUUAAGCUCAUUGGAAAGGGACAAAGGCAUAUCAUUAAGACCACAGACGGAUGGGAACUAUCAAGUUUGGCCCAUAAGAUCAGUAACUACCAGGAUCUCCUCAGAUAUCAGUUAGUAGUUUGCUAUCCACAAAUUGAGGAGAAUAGGCAGACCGAAGCAUACCAAAGGAUCCUUCGCAUCAUGGACACUCCACAUAUUGAUAACACGAGGCAUCUCAAGCAUUUGAUCUACUUGAAGGAUGAUCAGCUACCAUUGUACGAACGUACUACAAAGAAUCGAGUUAGUGUAGAAAUACUAAGGAACAAGAUUGUUUUGCUACUCAUUUCCGACCUUGACCUUCCCCCAGAAGAGAUAAUUGUUCUGGACCAAAUGUACAGUGAGGCAAAGCUAAACCCGACAAGGUCUGAGAGCCAGUACGAGGUUGUAUGGCUCCCAGUGGUGCCCAAUCAUAAGACAGCACCAUGGAACGAGGAAAGACAAAUCAAAUUUGAGGAGUUAAGAAACAUGAUGCCAUGGUAUUCAGUGUUUCACCCCUCAUUACUUGAACCUGCAGUGAUCAAGUACAUUAAGGAGGUGUGGCACUUUAACCAAAAACCGUUGCUUGUUGUGAUGGACCUUCAAGGAAGGAUCGUCAACACCAACGCGCUACACAUGAUGUGGAUUUGGGGGAGCCUGGCUUUCCCAUUUACUAGCCUGAGGGAAGAAGACCUUUGGAAGGAAGAAACAUGGAGGAUCGAAUUGCUUGCAGAUUCAAUCGAGCCAAUGAUUUUCGAUUGGGUUGCUAAAGGAAGUUUUAUUUGUUUGUAUGGAGGUGAGGACAUUGAAUGGAUACGGAAUUUCACGAACACUGCACGAGUGGUUGCACGUACAGCUGCGAUCCAACUCGAGAUGUUGUAUGUUGGGAAAAGCAACCCAAGGGAAAAAGUGCGAAAAAACAACGAGAUAAUCCGAUCCGAGAACCUAAGUUACGUGUUGCCCGACUUGACCCUCAUACGGUAUUUUUGGGUGCGCGUUGAGAGCAUGUUGCAUUCAAAGCUGCAACAAGGGAAGUCAAUCGAUGAAGACCCGAUCUUAAGAGAGAUCAUUGUGAUGCUUACAUAUGACAGUAAUGAUCAGGGGUGGGCCGUGAUAUGUCGGGGCUCAAACGACUGGAUGCGAAGGGCUAAUGGCGACACAGUUUUAAGAAGCUUGAAUAACUACAAAGACUGGGAGGAUGAGGCACGCAAUAAAGGUUUUCUACCGGCUCUAAAUGAACAUCUUUUGCUAACAAGUUUGACUAUUUACAAAGAGUGGGAGGAUGAGUUAACAAAGAGAGGUUUUCUACCUAUUCUAAAUGAACAUCUUGAGGCAAACUGGCCACCACAUCAUUGCAACCGUUUAAUAUUACCAGAAACCACUGCGAAUAUGCCCGGCAGAGUGGUUUGCGCUGAAUGUGGACGGUCUAUGGAGAGGCUUUUCUUGUACCGAUGCUGCACUGAUUAACUCAACUUAAUUACAUCUAUAUAAUCUUCAAAUACAGAUAUGUUAUAUAGAUUGUGGGUUAAUGAAGAGUACACUCAACAUGUUAAUUGUGAUCUUUAUUUGUGAUUAAUUUGCAUUAAUGUAACAACUUAUAUUUAAGAAAAAAAAACAGAAUCUUUAAUUCUCUUGUGGGCGUUAGGGACGUUUUUCAUUUUUCACACGGAUGAUUGUUGCGAUUUGACUCUUAGGCAGGGUCAUCAAUUUCUGAAAAGAUUUAAUUGCAA